ACGGGGGAGAGUCCCGGAUGUUGGCUCGGCCGCCGAGAGAAAGGCGAACCGGAGAAGGCGGAGAGAAGCUGAAGAGGGACGCCACGGCACCGCGGGCACACACCGGCGAAGCUACGGCUACAAAGCUUCUUUGCACAGGACGAUAACGUGAAGAGCACGGGACACUCCGGGGGAGCCCCCGCUAGCUCAAGAAGAAGAAGAAGAAGAGGAGGUGGAAGGAAGGGGAGGGGGGCAGCUCAAACUACCGUCAGGAUUACAGAGAGCCACCGUCACAGCAGCGUUCACCCAGAGUAAGUGAGCUACACGGGCAUGGAAGUUGAACUAAGGCCCACGAAAUGGACGACUUUAACGGGGAAGUGAGCCGCACUGAAGUUCUGUGGAUUGAGCCCGAGUUGACCUUUAGAAGACGCCAUGCUGAUGUCUUGAGCUGAGGAAGGCUUCACCCUCAACCUGUCUCUGUUUGUUAUUCCGCACCUGGUCCCCCCUGCUUCAGUCAGCGGACAGCAUCCACCUCUACAUUUUCCCCACCCCCCUCCGGCCCAGCCUGCCGUCAGCAUGACGUCGGAGCUGGAGAGCAGCCUGACCUCCAUGGAUUGGCUUCCUCAGCUGACCAUGCAGGCGGCCAUCCGCAAGGCGGACGCUCAGAGUGCCCACGGGCCAGGCAUGGGCAAGAAGAGCGCCCUGCUGGACCCUAACACCACGCUGGACCAGGAGGAGGUGCAGCAGCACAAGGACGGCAAGCCGCCAUACAGCUACGCCAGCCUCAUCACGUUUGCCAUCAACAGCUCGCCAAAGAAGAAGAUGACACUGAGCGAGAUCUACCAGUGGAUCUGUGAUAACUUUCCCUAUUACAGGGAGGCGGGCAGCGGCUGGAAGAACUCGAUACGGCACAAUCUAUCAUUGAAUAAGUGUUUUCUCAAAGUGCCUCGCUCCAAAGAUGACCCUGGAAAGGGCUCUUACUGGGCCAUCGACACCAACCCAAAAGAGGACGCCUUGCCUACGCGGCCAAAGAAGAGGCCGCGGUCUGGAGAGCGGGCAUCCACGCCGUACAGCCUGGAGUCGGAGUCUUUGGGGAUGGAGUGUAUGAUCUCUGGAAGUGCCUCUCCAACACUGGCAAUCAACACUGUGACUAACAAGGUGGCGUUGUACAACACAGACCAGGAAGGGAGCGAUAGUCCAAGAAGCAGCCUUAACAACAGCCUGUCUGAUCAGAGUCUGGCCUCCGUCAAUCUCAACAGUGUGGGCAGUGUGCACAGCUACACGCCGGUGAGCAGUCACCCAGAGCCCGUGUCCCAGUCUAUGAGCCUCCAGCAGCCCCCCCAGUCCCAGUACAACAUGCCAGACAGGGACAAGCAGCUCCUGUUCUCUGAAUUUGAAGAUCUCAGUGCCUCCUUCCGCAGCCUUUACAAGUCUGUUUUUGAGCAGUCCUUCAGCCAACAAGGCCUGAUGGGCAUACCGUCAGAUUCCUCCCAGCAGUCCCACACCUCCUGCUCCUAUCAGCACUCCCCCAGUGGCACCAUUAGCACUCAGAACAGCCUGUCAAACAACCAACCCAACAGCCACCCCGCCAACAGUGGCCAGGUGCCCCUGUCCCAUCCGGCCCAAGCCCACCCUGGCCACGGCUCCCCCCACGCACAGCACCUCCCGCAGCACGGCGGCCCCCACAACCAACACGCCCAGCACAGCCAACACAGUCAGCACCCGCAACACGCUGCACACUCCCAGCACGGGCAGCACCCAUCGCAGCACCCGCCCCACGGCCAGCACCCACAGCAACACACGGCGCACCCCUCCCAACACACGCAGCACAGCCAGCACCCGCAGCAACACGGACAGCCGCAUCAGAGCCUCUCCCACCAGCCCCAUCCUACCCAGCAACAGAUGGCCUGCAACCCAGGUUUACUGUCUGACUGGUACCCAAAUCUGGAUGCACUGAAAGAAAGCUGUCGUAUUGCUAGCAGCUAUAACUGGGCUGAUGUCGACCUUUCACCUUUCCAAGGAUUGAGAGAGAGUAUGAGGCAAGCGGAGUUGAACAAUUGGACCCUGGAACCCACCCAGAUCGCCGACCUCUGCUCGUCCAUCAACCAGUUCUUUGCCCGCACCGGCGUAAUCCAGCCACAAGGGGCGGUGCAGCCUACUGUUUGUCAUGGCUCCAUGCACCCCAGCAAACCCAGCCAGCACCUCAACGCAGGAAAUCUCUACAUGGACACCAGACAGAACAUGUCCAUGAUGGGUCCGCCAGGAUAUCCACACAUGCCCCCCAUGAGCAGCACAGGACCCACGAUGACAGGACACCAUGCACAGAUGAACCAGCAGCACAUGAUACCUACCAGAAACUUCCAGAUGCAUCGCAUGCCAGCUGAUGACAUCCAGGAUGACUUUGAUUGGGACUCCAUUGUCUAGCCCCUAGACCUCCUUUUGCAAAGCGAAAGGGAGCGAGGAGAGGAGGUGGAAGCCAGAGGAAGCCAGGCUGAGCUGAAAGGCUGCAGGAGGAGGAGGCCACUGUGGGGUGGAGUGCAGAAGGGACAUUUGACAAGCUUUGGAGAAAGACAGACUUCAGAGUCCUGACAUUUUUACAAAAGCAAAACAUAACUAGAAAAUGUUACUUUGAAGACAAUCAUAUUUAGUCGGACAUGUUAAAGCGAUUGCUUAUGUACUUGUCGAGAGACAAGUAGAACACAUUCUCGUCCAAACCACAUGCUCCUCAGCUCCUCAGCCAGCCCUCUGCCCGUCCCCAGCCAGCAGCCUUCCAAAGUCCGACCCCCUCUCUCCCCCCCCGACCCCCGACCCCCUGCUCCGUAACUGUUAUGUGAUUUGAGCGACGUGUUCAGCUUGUAAUUCUUCUCGUGUUGACAUUGGCCUCAGCUGCCUCUUGGAUGAGUUUAUCUCUCUUUAAAAAAAAAAAAAAGAAAUGAAAAAAGAUUUUAUUUUUAUUUUUUUGUUUUUAAAGAAACACAGGCCGUCUCUGUGAGUAAUGUGAUGGUGCUCGUUGGUCACUUUUGGGAGUAAGUGGGCCCCACUGUGGCUGGAUUGGUAGGUGAAGUAAGGUUUACAAUAACUUUGAACAGGGUGUUAAAUGUUUAAGCAGGCUUGAUAUUAAACAAAGGGAGAAAGGGAGAGAUCACGGAAAGUAUCGUAAUCUGUUUUCAUAGCCAACCGAUGUGAUCAGGCUCACUGCAACAGACUCGUUCUGGGAGUACAGCAACCUUUUUGUUCUGUUCUUACUUCUCUGUCUCAAGCACUUCAAGCCAAGUGAAUACGAUGAGUGUGAGAGGAAGGUGAAAGCAUUUCUUGUCUUUUUUUUAAUUCAUUCAGCCCAAAGUAACCGGAGGCGUUGGUCCUCUGUGUGCAUCAUGUCGGUUAAUAACCGCUUCACCAAUCAGAAGCUGUUGGAACGUGAAGCACUAAACACAGUCACAUGUUCAAGCUAGUUGUAAAUGGCGUCGUACAUUCUCGGUGAGCAGCCUAUUGAUCAUUGAACAAGCCCCUUCCUUUAGAGCCAAUGAAAUCAUCUGUGAUAGAGUCUGAUUAGUGUUACCGGCUGAUCAGCAUAUCACCACUAUAUCUGCAUGUGUCGGCUAAUAAGGGACAAUAAAUGGUCAAAUGUCAAAGAUGUGUUUGAGAUAAACUGUUUCUAUUACACAGUCUGUCACGUGUCAGCACGCGUCAGUCACAACUUUAGAGAAACUUCAAUGUUAAACAAAUAUUGGCCGAUAGAUCGUCAUCUGAUCUUUUUAAACUUUCAAAUAUUGUUAUUUGCCUCAACAAUCCAGGUUUUUGUUCAAAUUGAUGCUCCAAGUCAGCAGGUUUUGGUGUCAUUGAAGGUUUAGGUCUGACAUUUUGGGAGUUGAGAAGAUUGUAUGGUAAAUAUGAAACUGCCUUUCUCUGUCCGAAGGUAACCCUCUACAGCUCUCUGAUCAACACGUUAAACUGGUGUUGAACAGGAGUUCUGUGCUGGUUGCAUUGACGUCCUGCAGACGUAACGUGUUCAUCAGUGAGCGUCCGAGGUGCAUUUAGGCUGACGGAGCCGGGCUGGAUGUUCCAGACGUGAGCGUGGUAUUGAUCGUCUACGCAAGAAAGCUCAGAAGCUUAUCUCCCAGCAUGCCAUCGCUCCUUAACCAAUUUGACUUUAAAUUGUAUGCAAACAUGUUAUAAUGAUUCAUAUUUGUGAUAGUAAAAAGUAAAACAUCAAGAGCCUGUAUGCAAUUUUUACAGUUAUGGUUUCCACCUCACCGACUUGAAACAUUGCUAGUAGACUAAUUGUUAAAUUGUAUUAAAAUAACAAAACCAAUAGAAGUUUAAGCUUCUUAAUGUCCCAAUACUUUGAUUAAUGAUCAAUAGGAUAUGCAUCAGACGUUGUUUCCAUUUGAAACGGGGGGGAAAAAGCAGCAGUUUUACUGUACAAGUCUUUGAUCUGUAGAAUGAGUUAGUCUGUUGUACAUCAAAGUGAGUUUUCGAUGCUACACUCGGUGUUUGUCACUUCUGACUUUUAAAUUACAAAGAUAUGAUUCUUUUCUUUUUAACUGCCCAAUGUUUUGUUGUGAUAGUUGGAUAGCGUCAGAUUUUGCUAUUAUACAAUCAUAACGGAAUGAGAAAUGUGACUCAUACUGUGUGUGUGUGUGUGUGUGUGUGUGUGUGUG